AUGGAUUUAACCAAAGAUGAAUUCAAUAUUCCCAAUGUUAUCCUUGAUCCUCGUACACGCACUCAAUAUAUCAAAGGCAAAUUUCUUGGCAAAGGCGGUUUUGCACGCUGUUACGAACUUACCGAUGUUCAAACGGGUCAAGUAUUCGCCGGUAAAGUUGUUCCAAAAUCUCUUCUUAUUAAACCUCAUCAACGCGAAAAGAUGCAACAAGAAGUGUCCAUUCAUCAAUCGCUUCGGCAUAAGCACAUCGUUCAAUUCUAUUCGUAUUUCGAGGAUGAAAAUAAUGUUUAUAUUGUCCUUGAGCUUUGUCGGCGACGGUCGUUAAUGGAAUUACAUCGUCGACGGAAAACUGUGACUGAACCUGAAACCAGAUACUUUGUGAAGCAAAUUGUUGAUGCUUGCGCAUAUUUGCAUGAGAAAAGAAUAAUUCAUCGCGAUCUCAAAUUGGGAAAUCUAUUCCUCAAUGAUCAGAUGGAAAUCAAAAUUGGAGAUUUCGGCUUAGCAACAAGAAUGGAAAAUGAUAACGAUCGUAAACGAACACUCUGCGGCACUCCGAAUUAUAUUGCACCGGAAGUGAUCAAUAAAAAAGGUCAUGGUUAUGAAGUCGAUAUUUGGAGUUUAGGUUGUGUUCUUUUUACUUUAUUACUUGGCAAACCUCCAUUCGAAACGGCGACGUUGAAAGAUACUUAUUCCAAAAUACGUAAGAAUGAAUACAAAAUUCCCGAGAAUCACAUCAGCCCUGAAAGCUACUCCCUCAUUCAACGUUGUUUAAAACACGAACCAUGUGAACGUCCAACAAUGCGUCAAAUAGUCAAUGAUCCUUUUUUCUCGGGUUUCACUCCGGCAACUUUGCCAACUUCUGUUUGCACAGUUGCACCACGUUUCGCUGUCAUGCCAGCAAAUGCUCAACCCGUAUCCCAAACAACUCCUAAUCAGGAUAAACUUUCGCUAUUUUUACAACAACAACAACGGCGUCCAUUUACUGAGCAACAGCAAAACGAUCAGGCAUUGAUUGCAUCACGACAUCAACAACCGGUUUCUCUACCGACUGCUCAGCCGGCUAACGAACGUCCGAAAGAGAUCAAUAAUCCAUUGAACGCACGUAUCACAUCAGCUGUGACGAAUCAAGCCGAUGCAAUAUCGUCCUCAUCCUCCGCACAAAUGGUUCGACAAUUGACGAACAUUGAUAAACAAGCAUUUGUGCCAACAGGCUCAACCAAUGAAGAGGUUCAGGAUGAUCUACAUUUAGCCACAGAUCUUCAUCGACAAUUAGAACAUUUAAUUCAAGCAAAACCGAAUGAAAUAUUGACUAAACAUGAAGAUGAAGCGGAAGACCCGGCAUCUGCUCCUAUGCUUUGGAUAUCGAAAUGGGUUGAUUAUUCGGAUAAGUAUGGUUUAGGUUAUCAACUAUGUGAUGAUUCAGUUGGAGUUCUAUUCAACGAUUCAACACGGUUGAUUAUGACAGCAGGUGGAUCGGAAAAUCUUCAAUACAUUGAUCGAGAAGGUUACGAACAUUUGUGUACAAUGAAAGAUUAUGCUGAUCAAUUGAAAAAGAAAGUGACGCUACUAAAAUAUUUUACGUCUUACAUGGAUGAACAUCUACUGAAAGCUGGUGCUGCCCAAGCUCCUCGACCUGGCGAUGAGUUAUCUCGACUUCCAUUUGUGAAAACAUGGUUUCGUACACGUAAUGCCAUCGUGUUUUAUCUUUCCAAUGGCACACUACAGAUAAACUUCUUUCAAGACCAUACAAAAAUCAUUCUAUGUCCACUGAUGAGUGCUGUGACAUACAUAAAUGAACACCGUGAAAUACACACUUACCGCUUACCAGCAGUGGAACAGUGUGGUUGUUCGAAACAAUUGUUUACACGCAUAAAAUAUGCUAAAAGUAUGAUGGAUCGAAUUCUAACAUCCAAAGGGAAUCAAAAUCGAAUCCAUUAA